UCUUUGUUUCUUCAGAUAAACUGCAGCACGACACCACUUGAAUUCUUUGAUUACAUGCAUGGCCAAGGGAUUGGCACAAAAUCAGCUGUAUUCUUCCUUGCCUGGGCGGAGGAGCUUGAGAUGAAAGGCAAAGUUUCGAUGGCAGACAGUGUUUUCCACAGAGGCAUUGAAAAUUCUGCACAACCACUGGAAAUGUUGCUCCAUCAAUAUCAGAAUUUCACAAUUCGAGCCUCCCAGAACAUACCACGUGCACAAGUAGAUAAUUCGGUUCGAUCCGGGCCAAUGUCUCCAGCGAAACAACAAAGUAUGUCUACAGAAACUCGAGAUGGGCUUCAACCUGAAACGUUGGGAAACUCUCAGCUCAUCAAUCAAGAGGCAUCUGCUGUGAGACAAUCGCAUUUGAAUGCUGUGUCCCUGGGCUCAGGAGCAUUUCCCAAAUCUCAGGGGAACAUAGAAAAUGGCUGCAGUGGGAAUCAAUCAACACUUAACACUUAUGUAACGGUGUCCAAGAGUUUAGUUGCAAUUACAUCCGAGACUGCGCAUCAAACCAAAGGUAAUACGCAGGAGGCGCCUCAUGAACCGCAGCAAAUUGCCAUGUACAACAAAGAUGUUCUCUUUUCUGGAGACCGAGAAAUGUGUUUUGAAGAAAUACGAGCUCAGAAGUACAUAGCAAAAAUGCAACAGAAUGAACAGAGUAAUCUGAUCAGCAGCACCAAGUCUGAUGAGAUCAAACUAAUGGAGCAGACGCUGGAACAGUUGAAAAUGCAGCUGAAGUUAACUGAGGAGCAGACGUAUGAAAUAGCGCAGACUUCAUCCCAAAAUACCUUGCAGCUGGCGACUACACCUUCGACGUUACCCACCAAGGCUGAGACACAGUCUUCAGCUGCUGCUACAAAAGGAACGGGCAGAAGGGAAGACUUUGAGGAGAAUUCAUCAUUGGGUGCCUGUGCUAGACCAGUGCGGACUGCAAGUUUCACAGAAGCUGCGCUGCUGCAAUGCCAGCCUGGUGCCUCACUAUUGAUGUCAAAGAUGGAUGAUAAGCAAAGAUCUCUUGGAAGCCAACCUGCAUUCCCAAUGUUUGGAGAGCCAGAGAGUAGCAUUAAUAAGUCACGGACAGAGUUGGAGCCUCCAUCCAGAUCUCUGGUUAUCAAUGCUAAUGAAAGUAGCAAUGAGCAACAGGUUAUGAAUGAGAGCGGCAACAGUUCUAGAAUGGGUUCCUUCUCAAGGCCAAAAGAAGGAAAUGUUUUGGGAACAACCAUGAAUUUAUCUCGCACUCCAAACUCCUCGUUUGGCAUGGUUCAACCUACUCCAUCUAAAGUCCUCCCCUCACCUACUGUUUGUACUAAAGAAGCUUUUGAUGUGAUAAUGCACAUGUUUCAAACGCCAGUAAUCCCUGAAUUAGCUCAAGUGAAUGAGAAUGGCGGUGCUCCUGCAGAUGAUCUAAUGCAGGUACAAGAGGGAGAUUCCACAACAUAUUGUGAAAGGAAUGAUAUCCAUCAAUCCAUGGAAAACUUGGGUAUGAACGUAGCUCCACCUUCCACGGUGCCAUUUUCUAUCUUUGAAGAUGAUGCUGGUGCUGUAAAGAGCGUACAGAAUACUUUGAAAUGUAAAACAAUAGAUUCAAGACCACUGGGAGAAUUAUGUGACAGACAAAGCGUGACCAGAAAAGAAAAGCUGGUGACUACACCUUCGACGUUACCCACCAAGGCUGAGGCACCGUCUUCAGCUGCUGCUACAAAAGGAACGGGCAGAAGGGAAGACUUUGAGGAGAAUUCAUCAUUGGGUGCCUGUGCUAGACCACUGCGGACUGCAAGUUUCACAGAAGCUGCGCUGCUGCAAUCCCAGCAUGGUGCCUCACUAUUGAUGCCAAAGAUGGAUGAUAAUCAGAGGUCUCUUGGAAGCCAACCUGCAUUCCCAAUGUUUGGAGAGCCAGAGAGUAGCAUUAAUAAGUCACGGACAGAGUUGGAGCCUCCAUCCAGAUCUCUGGUUAUCAAUGCAAAUGAAAGUAGCAAUGAGCAACAGGUUAUGAAUGAGAGCGGCAACAGUUCUAGAAUGGGUUCCUUCUCAAGGCCAAAAGAGGGAAAUGUUUUGGGAACAACCAUGAAUUUAUCUCGCACUCCAAACUCCUCUUUUGGCAUGGUUCAACCUACUCCAUCUAAAGUCCUCCCCUCACCUACUGUUUGUACUAAAGAAGCUUUUGAUGUGAUAAUGCACAUGUUUCAAACGCCAGUAAUCCCUGAAUUAGCUCAAGUGAAUGAGAAUGGCGGUGCUCCUGAAGAUGAUCAAAUGCAGGUACAAGAGGGAGAUUCCACAACAUAUUGUGAAAGGAAUGAUAUCCAUCAAUCCAUGGAAAACUUGGGUAUGAACUUAGCUCCACCUUCCACGGUGCCAUUUUCUAUCUUUGAAGAUGAUGCUGGUGCUGUAAAGAGCGUACAGAAUACUUUGAAGUGUAAAACAAUAGAUUCAAGACCACUGGGAGAAUUAUGUGACAGACAAAGCGUGACCAGAAAAGAAAAGGAAAUAAAUGAUCAAGACCGAUCUGUUUGGGCUGUGUUUGGGAACAAAACGCUGACGAGUUAUCCAAAUAUUACUGAGGAUCUUACCUUUACCGCAGCAUUGGCAUCAACUCCGUUCUAUGGGGUACCACAGCAUCCAAAGCGAGAUUCGGAGGAAUGUGGUGAAAAAAUCACGGAAAUUAAAAAUGAUGGAUUCACAGCUCGUCACAGCACAGGAGAAGAACACAUUCAACUUGCCAAAGUCAGAAAACUUAGUUCAAUCCAGGAACUAGGCUUGGAAGCGGCCAAUCACUUAUCAGUCCCUGCCUUUGACUCUAACACAAAUCGUGAUGCAUCUGAGGAAUGUCAGACGGUUGAGGAGGGACUAGAGCUGUCCACACUGCCUAGCCAUGAAGAAUACCUGGACAGUCUCAUACCUGAACAGUCAUUUUAUUGUCUAGAUGAAAUGCACAGCAGUGAUCUAAAGUUUGAUGAGGAGCUGAAUGAGACUUCAACAGAGCCUGGUGUAAUCAUUAGAAACCCUUGGAAUAAGGAUCUUAUUAGAGAACUCCUGUCGAAUCUAACCAAACCAUUGAGUUCGUACUCUUCUUUUAUGACUUGGAAGGGCAACAUGCCUGUUGUCAGGCCAAAAAACAACCUUCGCUUGGGAAAUGAAAUGUACCAGGUUUCAUAUCUACUCGGAGAGGGCUCCUUUGCUCAUGUCUACCAAGCCACACUCUUGGAUAUGAAUAACCUGUCUGAUGUGAAAAACCAGCACAAAGUCAGCUUAAAAGUUCAAAAAAUCUCCAGUCCCUGGGAAUUCUACAUCAGUACUCAGCUAAGGGAGAGGUUGAAGUCAAAGUUUUGCAAUCUCUACAACAACAUCAACUCCGGACAUUUCUUCCAGAAUGGCUGUAUUUUGGUUGGAGAACUGUAUAGUUUUGGAACUUUGCUGAAUGCAGCCAAUCUGUAUAAAACUCUUGUUGAAAAGUCAAUGCCUGAGCCUCUGGUGAUCUACUUUGCCAUCCACAUUCUCUACAUCGUGGAACAGCUGCACAAUAUUGGGCUCAUUCACGGAGAUAUAAAACCUGACAAUUUUAUCCUUGGAGAAAGGUUCCUGGACAGUGAAGCCGCCAGUGUUGAUGACAGCUUGUCACAGGGAUUGACUUUGAUCGACUUUGGUCAAAGCAUCGAUAUGCACUUGUUCCCCAAAAACGCAGUCUUUGUUGAAAAUUGUAAGACGUCAGGGUUCCAGUGCAUCGAAAUGCUGACAGAGAAACCGUGGACCUUCCAGGCAGACUACUUUGGAAUCGCUGCCACCGUUUACUGCCUUCUCUUUGGCACGUAUUUAAAAUUAAAGAAGGAAAAUGGUGUCUGGAAGGUCGAUGCCAAGUUUAAGAGAGGUCAUCACGCAGAGGUGUGGAAGCGUUUCUUUGACACCUUGGUGUACGUCCCCAGCUGCCAGAGUCUGCCAUCUCUUCAGCGCCUGCGCGAGGAGCUGGUCUUGCUCUUCAAGAAGCAGUACUCAAAAAAACUGAAGUCACUGCGUCAGAGGCUCAUGGUGCUCUUACUGGAGAACAGGUCUUCACAAAGAAGAACAUAAAUGGACAUGGCUGUAAAUCUUUGUGUAAAUAGAGCUUUCUAAAAA